CUCGGAGGGCAGCCCCAUCUCCAGUCCAGUCCUGGGUGUCGAAGCUGAUCGACCCUCUUCAGUUAAGCUGACCUCUGAAAUACAGCCUCCCCUGCACCGCAGCUUUCUUGUGGACUGAACUUAAUAUCUCAGGGCCGUCAUCCACAACUUUAGGCAUCCUAACUCAUCUACACAAGCAAAGGACCAGCAACAGUAACCUGUGGACCAAGAGGCAGCAAGAGUCCAAUAUACUUAAUUUGAGGAUACCUGUCCUUGUCUAACCCAAGCUGAACUUCAUCACCUGGAGACUGAGGACUCUGCAGUGGAACACAACGUUUCCAGUUCUGUAGACUGUCACAUUUCUUCGUGGGACUAUAUUAUUAGUCCCUCCACAACAAACAAAGACUGAAAUAAAAACAAAGACAAAUCCAUCUGAUUCAAACAACACCUUUCACCAUGGCAACCACGGGUAUGCAGUUGCUGGGUCUGAUCCUGUCCAUUGUUGGGUGGGUUGGUGGGGCGAUAGUGUGUGCCAUCCCCCUGUGGCGGGUCACUGCUUUCAUCGGUAACAACAUAGUGACGGCACAGAUCAUUUGGGAAGGCCUUUGGAUGAAUUGCAUUGUUCAGAGCACAGGUCAGUUCCAGUGUAAGGUGUAUGACAGCUUGUUGGCUCUGCCCAGUGACAUGCAGGCUGCCCGAGGCCUCACUGUGCUCUCCAUCCUGAUGUGUGGCCUGGCUCUGGCUCUGGGGGUCCUGGGAGUAAAGUGCACCAAGUGCAUUGGCGUAAACAGUGCCAAGGCCCGUAUUGCUCGCAUCUCUGGCGCCGUUUUUGCCAUCGCAGGGUUCCUCUACCUAGUGCCCGUCUGCUGGACUGCACACUCCAUCAUCAGAGAUUUCUAUGAUCCACAUGUCGCAGCCCCACACAAGCGUGAGCUGGGCCCUGCCCUUUACAUCGGCUGGGGUGCAUCAGCCUUGCUCCUCAUUGGGGGUUCUCUGCUCUACACUGGGUCAAGCCCCCCUGGCCUCCCAGGCUCUCCCACCUUCAGCAGUGGAGAGAGUAGUCCUCGCAGGGCACCUGCCAGCCAAGUCAAAGGUUAUGUUUGAGUUUCCAACAUUUCUGAAAGCCUUCAAGUCCCACAAAUACACCCCAAAUGAUGACAAACCCAUAUUUCAUUUCUUUUGAUCUUGCUCCUUGUGAUUAUUUUAUAUUUAAUGUUAUUCCAAUUAGGUGUUUUCUCUGAAAAGCCACAGGAGGCUGUUUAGAGAGAAUUGAACUUAUUUUAUUAUUUCAUAUCUGAUAUCCUUCAAUAACCUUGUUCUCUGUCUGUCACUGUAAAAUACAAUAAAGUUUUUGGUCCUCUA